AUUUAAGGUCCAUACGAAGGCAUAUAAGCAGACUUGAGAGCUUAAGAUACUGAGACUACCGCCAGCUACCCUGGACGGGGACGAUCCAUAACAACGAGAGCAACUACGCCAGACUCUCUCGACUGAGCCUGCGUGUCGACUGCCCUUGAUCCUUCAUUCCUCCCACUGCCAUACCGCAGCUAAAUCUCUCUGCUCGAGCUGCUUAGGGGAGACCUCAAGUCUAGACUGGCCGGCCGCUUCAUCGUCACUGCUGGAUAGACUGCAGGGGCACCAAACCCCACCAGCGCAUUUAUCUCCCUUUGCGAGCUUACACACACCGCUCUGGUGAGCCAAGGACACACACAAGAAACCCUAAGGACUCGCUCAUCUGUCGACAUCAGUCAGUAUCUCGAGUACACUCUGGUUGACAGCAACCAUGUCGGUGUUCACCUUUGGCACAGAGCCAACUCGGGUUUCUUCUCCAUGGCACCAACCUUCCAGGACCCCGGAUGAUACCGUCACCAAGCUCGAGGCCGAGCCGCAAGAAGGGGCCAUCGAGUAUAAGCUGCAUCUCCUCCUACGUCCAAGACGCCCAUACCGGACUGUAACCACUGGCAUUGCUUCGGGGUCCAAGCGAAAACCUCCCACCGAGUACUAUGCGACAACUACCGAGUCUCGUAGGCUUCGGCUGUACCACCUUACGACCCAACUACUCUGGAGGCUCAAGCAGUCCAUGACGAACGGCCCCCUGGGAACGACAGAGUCUCUGAUUCCCAAGUUGCCGGCUGACAGCGUCGACCUCGCAGCGGCGGUUCAGCCCGGGACCCUGUGGCAGGGCCUUGAGGAGUCGAGAGGCGCUCUAUACGAGAUAGGCGUAUCUGACGAUGGCACUUUGGUGGGGCUGCCCGCCGACGAGAUGGAGGAGAGCCUCCUGACCCUGCGGGUCAUGGCUGCUAGUCUAGGCUGUAUCGUGAAUGUGACUCGACGGCAGUAUGUUGGGGAGUGUGAAUGGUCUGAUUGCCCGGCGGCGACAGGAGACCCGGAGCCAUCAGCCAUAUAUCGCGAGCAACUGUAUGUGGCCGAAGCCCUGGUGACCCCAUCACGCGGAGCGGAUGACAAGGCGGCUGGCCCGGUAGACGAGAUGCCGUUCGCUCCUCCGAAGCCGGUGUCGAAUGUCGAGGCCAAGUCUACGGUUGAGCAGCUUCGGGUCACGCUCACUGGACCGACUGAUGGCGGCAAGUCUACCCUCCUCGGGACGCUCUCCACCGGAAUCUUCGACAACGGCUCAGGUAGAAGCCGUACCUUCAUGCUGCGGCACCGGCACGAACUGACAUCUGGCAUGACAACCUCCCUCUCUCAUAUGCUGAUUGGAUACAAAAACAACGGCUUAGACGAAAACCAAAUCUAUAGCUUCUCGGACCGCAACAUUGACUCGUGGGAGGCCAUCCAUGAUUCCUCACGGGAUGGGCGGCUAGUGUUUGUCUCGGACUCAGCAGGACACCUCCGAUUCCGAAGGACCGUCCUGCGCGGUCUCGUCGGCUGGGCUCCUCACUGGACCCUCUUGUGCCUGACUGCGAACGAUGGCGAGCCGAAGGGGAGGUCAGCGCCGACGACCCCACAAGAUGAGGCGGAAUCCGCACCCCUCGAGGUAGACCAAGGGAAGGCAUAUCUCGGCCUGUGUCUCAAGCUGCGUAUGCCAUUGGUCAUCGUCAUCACAAAGCUUGACGUAGCUACCACCACCAGCUUCCGCAGCACCCUGACCAAGAUUCUCGCCGCCGUUAAGAGCGCUGGCCGGAUCCCGAAAUUGCUGAUCAAGCAGAGGGUGCAGUCUGACCCGACAAGGGUCCCGGCCAUAGACGAGGACGACUUACAGCUUCUCAUCUCAGAGAUGCAAAACAGUGGCACUCUCCUUGACUAUGUGCCCAUCGUGUCAACCAGUGCAGUCAAGGGUGAAGGUAUAGGCUUGCUCCACGCGCUUCUACAGAAGCUGCCGAUACCGCCUAUGCCGACGGCACGAGAUUAUGUCGGCCUGGCACUUAAUCCAGAGCAGCCCGACGCAGUCUUCCACAUCGAUGACAAGUUCAGCCUCUCGGCGCUCUACGGGAACGCUGUCAAGGAAGAAGAGGAUGCAGAUCACGGCACGGUCGUUGCAGGGUAUCUCCGCUUUGGACACCUUGCGAUUGGAGAUCACAUUUUGGUCGGGCCCUUUCCGCCGGACGAUGACUCCAGCGCCAUCACGCCGGAAGAGCGGGCGUCGCCAGGUGGAGAGGGCCUGUCUGCCUCGCAUCCCUCGUCCUCAGAGCUCGGCCGCCUCGCCAUGCGAAACGCCGUACCGGCCUCUGCCAUCAAGGGUGAGUGGUACAACGCCCAUAUUGUUACGAUCCGAAACCUGCGCCUGCCCGUACGCAUACUUGAGCCGGGCCAAGCAGGGACCAUCGGCGUCGUCUUCGAUAUGCCCAAGGAAGACCUUUCGGAUAGCAUAUUCGAACGCCCGCCUCGACCGACGCCCAAGAUCCGCAAGGGCAUGGUGCUCGCCAGGCCCAGUAACCACAUGCUGGAGACGGGCCUGUCGUUGCAAGCGGCCAGCGGCGUCACCGGCGCGUUUGAGGACGAGGCAACGGCCUCGUUGAUCGUGGGGAGUAUAGUCAAGGUGUACAUUGCCAGCGUCCGUGCCUCGGCGAGGAUAUUACGCGUCUCGCCCACCUGGACGUAUCCCGACGACGCCACCGCCACCGGGGCUGGUGAACCAGAGGAGGAUGAAGAUGUCUUCAAUAUUAGCAUGGAGAAAACCGGCGGUCGUGAAGACCUGCAGGAUGACGACAGGGUAUUGCUGUAUGAGGUCCAGCUCGAGCUACUCACGCACAGGGAAUGGAUUGAGAUGGGCUCGCAGAUGGUGAUUCUAGAGGGCGCAAGCAGAGACAGGUCGGGCCUGGAUGGGUUCGUGGGCAAAGUUAUAGAAAUCGCGGAGUAAGCGAUACACAUCGUUGUUGACAUUGGGUAUGAACCGGGUUGAUUUCCUUAGUUUCUUCUUCUUUCCUUCCUUUCUUUUCAUUUUGGCCCUCAUUCUUCCCCAUAUUCCUGUCAAAGCAUACAUUUGGGGUCUUUGCUAUUCAAGUCUGGAGAUCGAUGUUCAUAGAGGGAUGUUGGAAACCACUUUGCCUCGCGAAUAUCCAUAUCCUACUCUAUUGCAUGGGUAUAUAGCGCAUGUAUUGAUUGUUUAUGUUGG